AUGUCAGACCACUCGUCUCCCAUCAUCGCUGAAAAGCACGUCGAACACCAGCAUGUCGACAAGCACUUGCAUCACCGGAAGUGGAGCCUUCAAGACACCGAAGCCGAGGCGCUCGGCGGCCUGCGGACGGUGGAAGUCGGCCUGGCCGCCGAUCAAGUCGCCGACACGCUCGCCAUCGAUGCCGCCGAGCAGAGGCGCAUCCUGUGGAAGGUGGAUUUGAGGCUGAUUCCGCUGCUCACCUUUCUCUAUCUCAUCGCCUUCAUUGACAGAAGCAACAUCGGCAAUGCCAAGAUCGCUGGCAUGUACGAAGACCUGAAUCUUCACGGCUUGCAGUACAAUGUCGCUCUAACGGUGUUCUUCCCGCCGUACGCGCUUCUGGAGGUGCCGAGUAACAUUGUGCUCAAGCUGCUGCGGCCGUCGAUAUGGAUCUCGAUCUUGCUCUUUAGCUGGGGCACAGUCAUGACGCUCAUGGGUCUUGUGGAAAGCUACACCGGCCUUGUCGUCGCCCGAUUUUUCCUUGGUGUUGCGGAAUGUGGUUUUUUUCCCGGCGCCGUCUACUUGCUGACGCUGUGGUACAAGCGCUACGAAGUGAUGCACCGCAUGGCCAUCUUCUAUGCCGCGGCAUCUCUUUCGGGCGCCUUCUCCGGCCUGCUCGCCUACGCCAUCCAGUUCAUGGACGGCAUUGCCGGCCGCCAAGGCUGGCAAUGGAUCUUUAUCCUGGAAGGCCUCGUGCCAGUCGCCAUGUCGUUUGUUCUGUACUUCAUCCUGCCAGAUAGCCCCGAGACUGCUAGAUUCCUCACCAAGGACGAAAAGGAGUUCCUCAUCAAUCGGUUGGCCCUCGAGACUGGAUCGGGCACCGGCCGCGUGACGAACAGUGACAAGAUUCAAUUCAAGCAUAUCAAAGCUGCAUUCUCCGAGUGGAAGAUCUGGGCUGCUGUGGUAAUGUUUUGGGCCAACACCAUCGGAACUUAUGGGUUUACUGCCACUGUCCCGACGAUUGUCGAAGAUCUAGGCUACACUUCUGCAAACGCUCAGCUCAUGACAGUACCCAUCUACGUCUUUGCUGUCAUCUGCGUUUUGGUUGUCGCCUACUACUCCGAACGCAUUCAGCAACGCACCCCCUUCAUAAUGAUCGGGUUUUCCGUUGGCGUGAUCGGCUUCAUUGGCAUGCUCGUCACCCGCCGCCACCCCUCCAUCCCCGGCGUCUCCUACUUCUUCCUCUUCCUCGUCGCCGCCGGCCUCUACUGCCCUUUCAUCUGCAUCGUCUGCCUGAUCGGCAACAACCUAGCGCCAUCCUCCAAGCGCGCCGUGGGUAUGGCGCUGCUGAUCUCCGUCGGCAAUCUCGGUGGCAUCUGCGGCAGCAACAUCUUCAUUGCGGCCCAGGCGCCGCGGUAUCCCGCUGGAUUCGGCACCGGCAUGGCGAUAUGUGUCUGCGCUAUCAUCAUGGCGGGCGUGCUGCGGGUGGCGUACCGGCGCGAGAAUGAGAAGAGGGAUGAGUUGGUCAAGCGCGAGGGCGAGGCGGCGAUUCGUGCGAGGUAUACGGACCAGGAAUUGCUUGAUUUGGGUGACAAAUCACCUUUCUUCCGCUAUACCCUUUGA